AGAUGCAACAACAGCUAAUCAGUGACAGGUGAGCGUCCCAUUAAGACUCACGCACACCAAAGGAGAGCUGGACAUGGCCACAUACAAGCCAAGAGUGAUUUCUCUGACCAAGAGGCCAGGUCAGACAUUUGGCUUCUAUCUCAGGGCAGAGCAAAGUGAGGAGGGUCACCUGAUCCGCUGCCUAGAGAUGGGAGGUCCAGCAGAACUGGCUGGCAUGAAAGACGGUGAUCGUAUCCUCAGAGUCAAUGGAACGUUUGUUGAUGGACUGAACCAUCCAGAGGUGGUGGAGCUGGUGAGGAACAGUGGAGCUUCUGUCACAUUUCACAUUCUGGAUGAAGCCUCUUACAAGCAAGCAAAAACACUUGGAGUAAACCUUUCUGACCCCCAAAGUGCGCCCGUUGUCAAUGGAGUGGAUAAAGAGACUCCAAAACCUAAACUCUGCUACUUGGUUAAGUCUAGCUCAGGAUAUGGGUUUUCUAUUCGCUCAGUUACAGGUGAGCAGGGUGUGUUUAUGACUGAGGUGAUUCCAGGAGGUGUGGCAGACAAAGCAGGAGUCCGAGUCAAAGAUCAUCUGCUCCAAGUCAAUGGGGAGAAUGUGGAAAUAUCCACCCACGAUGAAGUAGUGGAAAAAAUCAAACAAGGAGGCAAUGGCGUCAUGUUUCUACUGGCUGAUGGGGCAACUAAACAGUUCUAUCAAAAGGGUUUGUUGUCCGCAACAGUGAAGUAUCUGCCUCUCCAACCACGCAUCAUCAAGGUGACCAAAGGCUCUGAUGGAUACGGCUUUCUACUCAGAGAGGAACCCAACCAACCAGGACACUUCAUAAAGGACAUUGACAAAGGCAGCCCAGCACAAAAAGCAGGUCUGAAGAAUAUGGACAUAUUGGUGGCUGUGAAUGGCAUGCAGGUGGAUGAUAGCAGUCAUGAGCAGGUUGUGGACAAGAUCAAACAAAGUGGAGACAAAUGCUGCUUUCUUGUGGUGGACAAAGAAACGGACCAAAUGUAUAAGAAGGGGCAAGUGUCUCCUAUGCUCUUCUGGGAGGAAAUGAAAGAGUCCAACUCCCCACCCAGUUACACAGAGGCUAUGAAAAUGCCUGCUUCUGUUCAACCAUCCACUUCUGCUCAAGACAAAAAAGAGGACCUGAGGCCUAAGUUGUGUAGGAUGGAGAAGACCCCUGCUGGCUUUGGCUUCCAUCUAAAUGGCAUUGAAGGUGUGUCAGGUCAAUACAUCAAGGAGGUGGUGAAAGGUGGAGCAGCAGACAAGGCAGGCCUGGAGGAUGACGACAUUGUUGUGGAGGUAGACGGGGUAAAUGUGGAGCAGAACACCCAUGCAGAGGUUGUGGAAAUGAUACGCAAAAGUGGCAACUCUCUGGAGAUACUGGUGGCGAGCAAGAAUGUCUACAAACAGCUUAAAGCCAAAGGGGUGCCCAUCACCCGCCUGCUCCUCAAGGAAACAACCCACUGUGGAGUCCACACUGCAGACAGUCCAGAUACAAGCAAGAAGAUCCAGAAAGAAGCCAGGCCUGUAACUCCACCUAAAGCAGAAAAACAGAGGACUCCAUCGGUUUCAUCGUCCUCAUCUGAAGAGAGCUUUGACGAGAGUCUUUGAGAAGCGACUUCAAGGACAACAUCCUCACUCGGACUAAUCCAACGUUGAUUUUUGUUCGCUCUGAACUUCACACAUCCUGUCACGAUUAAGACAUUAGACGUGGUGAAUUUUAAGAACGAGGCCAGUGAAGAACUGACAAAAUCUGGGUCAUUGCAGAAAAAUGGUUUUGUUUUGGGGUUUUUUU